AUGGCUUUCGUAGUCUGGAGUGGUUGGCCUACCAGCCUUGGCCCAGGCUGGGUUACCAGCUCCCCACCACAGCCUGCAACAAGCAGCCGCGUGGGACGACUGAGGGGAUCCCAGUCACCACAAACAGCCAGGGGAGAUGUUGGUAUUCUGCCAGGUGCCGGAUUGGGCCUCAUUGCAGCCUACAUGCUGAAAGGGAGGUCACGAGCAGGCCCCAGACACAGCGCGUGCAAGGUUGCACUGGCGGCACGGAGACGCGAUGACGACGUCGACCCUUUGGAUCACCUGACGCCGCGGCGGCCUGACAUGGCGCCCGGGGAGAAGCUCUUCCACCAGGUCUACAGGUCUAGCAUGUACACAUCAGACAAGCCUCAGGACGAGGAGGAGGACCGAGGAGCCCCUCGCAAGAAGAGGCGACGGGCAGCGUGGCUAGAAGCCAACCAGGAGGAAAAGAAAGACCCGGCUUACGGCAAGAAGUGGGUCCUUGAUCCCAAAGGAAAGCGACGAGGACGAAAUCGGCAGAGACGAUGGACCAAAGGCGAGGUCUUGGAUGAGGUCCAGGACAUUGACAAAAACGCCUCGCGGCUGCGGACCAUGUAUAAGCGUCCGCGCUUCAACUGGAAGGAUGUAGCCAAGGACGACCUCCGCACUUCGUCGCUAAAAGGCGACCAGGCGGCCAUCGGAAAUGAUGAGGUGUGGCUGUCAAAGUUUCUGUCGCAUUCUGGAGUCUGCUCUCGGCGCCGAGUGACGGAAUUGGUUCUACAAGGCCGGAUCACCAUCAACAGCGAGGUCGUGAAGGAUCCAGUGGUGAAAGUGGACCCGAAGAAGGACUCGGUUGCGGUGGAUGGCAAGGAGCAACGACUGCGAACCCUGGAUGAGUUGGUUUGGGUGAUGGUGCACAAGCCCAAGGACACACUGGUGACCCUCGAGGAUCCACAAGGGCGCAAGACGAUAGCAGAUCUCGUGCCGUUCGCGCGGGAUCGGCGGUUAGUGCCCGUUGGGAGAUUGGAGCGUAACAGUACAGGUCUAGUUUUGUUGACCAAUGACUACGAGUGGGCCACUUACCUGACGCACCCGCGCUACGAGAUGACGAGGACAUACCGAGUGGUCGUCUAUGAGGGUGCUCCAGACACACAGAAGAUGCAGGCCCUCAACCGUGGGCUUCGACUUCCAGAUCAGCGCCGUCCAUGCCUUCCGUUGGAAGACCUGGAGGUUCUAGAGCAUGACCGCGUCCAGGGCAUCGCUGCCCUAUCCUUUACCAUGAAGGAAGGUCGGUACCGCCAGAUUCUGCGCAUGUUCGAGUACAUCGGACACCCGGUUCGCGCUGUCAAGCGCACCGCGAUCGGCCUCGUACGCUUGGACAAGGAGCUUCAGGCGGGCUCUUACAGAAUGCUCAACCCCAAGGAGAUCCGCAGGCUGAAGGGCUCGACCAUCCUGAAGCGACCGGACGGCGACCCUUUCGAAAGGCAGAACAAGAUGCAGAAGGCCUUUACUGGUGUCGAGGACGAACUGGAUGCCUCUGAGUUAGAGGGCUUCACGCCUCUCCGUGAAGAUAGGGGAAGUCGCCGAAGGAGAAACAGCCGUGGCCGCGAGGGGGGCAGGGACGCGCCCCGCCGUAGCCUCCCUGCAGGCGGAGAUGACGAGGACUACGAACCGCAGGCCGCCUCCUUGGAGGACCUGAAGGCGUUUCAGGCGAAUUUCAGUCAGCCUGAUGAGGCAGAUGAUGAGGAGCAAGAUUGGGAAGCCGAUUGGAUCCAGCAGCUGGAUGAGAUGACUGCCACUGCAGGAAAGCGAUGA